AUGGAGACGACGUUUCCUAGAGGCACAUUUAAAUUAGGAACUGUUUGUUUUUACAAAGAUACAUGUGGUAAAGCUACAAAACAAUUGGUUUGUAUAAAUGAAUAUGAGUCGUUUAAUAGACGUAUAAAAACUUUCAAGAUUAAAAAUUUACAAAGGGAUACAUUUAUGAAUCGCGAGGAUUGCAAUAUUGAUAUAGAUUGUAUAAGUAAAACAAUUUCUUGUUUGUAUUGGUCUGAGUAUACGUUAGAUUUUGAGAGUUUAGAGUAUUUUCUACAAGUAUGCCAAACAAUUGAGGAUAAACGUGUUAUAGCUAUCAGUAUGAUUGCUCUAUUUGGAACAAUAUAUUCAGAUUUUAUCAUUAAAGAACUAUCUGCUUUGUUGUAUGGUAAAUCAUAUGCUGUGGAAUUAUGGAAAGACGGUAUCAUGUCGUUCAAAACACUGAAAAUUGCAUCUUAA